CUCUUUCUUAUCUUCUGUUGAUACCAUUCUCAAAUAAAUAGCGAUAUUGGUUUUGUAUUGGAAGCUCUUUUGUUUUUUGUUCUGCAUCAUCAACCCUGGUACUCUCGGAUAUCUAUCUCACUUACACACACACACACACACACACAAUCCCGGUCCUUGGCACGGCAACCGGAACGGAACACAAAUAUGCGGAGAGCUGCCCGUCUCGGCUCCGGGGCCGCUGCUGUGGUGCCCCGGUCUCGGAGUUGGGGUUUGACGUCUCGGCCGGGUUUCAUUAACAAUUAUAAGAAAGCUCAAAGCAACAAUGGCCAACAGGCAUCAUUUCACAGCAGACCAAAGUUAGAUUCGGCUGCCGAGGCGACGGUGAUUGGUGGCCCUUCACCUCUGCCUGAGGUUGAGUUGCCAGAUAUCCCAGAGACACCGACGAAGAAUAAGAGGGUGACUAUUGGCGAGAUUUUGGAGAGGAGGAGGAGGGCGGGGAGGUUGGUGGCCCCGACGGCGGCGGGGUGUGAUUCAGGGGUUUUCAAGGGGGAUUCAUCAGGAAAGCCGAUGGCAAAGGAUAUGAGCCAUCAUCUCUCCUACGAAGCUUCUAUCCGCGAACCAUGCAAGCUCAAACAAGCUGCCCGCCACCUCAAAACCCCUGGCAUCAUCUCACUCGGCGGUGGCCUUCCGUGCCCAGAGUACUUCCCCAUCAACUCCAUCUCCCUCUCCGUCCCAGAUUACCUUCACAACCCAACUCUCUCGCCCCCAGAGGUCCACCCCGCCUUCCAAGACAUCACCAUCGGCAAAUACGACACCCAUCCCUCAGCCCCAGUCCAAAAAGAAUACGACCUUUCCAUCUCACUCAACUACGCUCAAGCACAUGGCUCGGCCCAACUCAUCCGCUUCGUAACCGAACACACGGAACUCGUCUCCAACCCCCCCUACGCCGACUGGAAAACCUGCCUCACCGUCGGCUCGACCGGUGCUUUAGAGCAAACCCUCCGCAUGCUCUGCGACUCCUCCAGAAACGACUCCAUCCUCACAGAAGAAUUCUCUUUUGCCACGGCCUUGGAAACAGCCCACCCCUUGGGCAUCCCCACCUUUGGCGUCCCCAUCGAUGAGCAAGGCCUUAUCCCCUCCGAACUAGACCACAUCCUCUCAACAUGGAGCCCUUCCGAACGGGGCAACAAGCGAAAACCACACGUCUUAUAUACGGUGCCAUCCGGUCAGAACCCAACAGGAGCAACCCAAGGCCCAGAGCGAAGAAAGCAAAUCUACGACAUCUGCUCCAAGCACGAUCUGGUGAUCAUCGAAGACGAACCAUAUUACUACCUCCAACUCCCGCCCACCAUCACCCCAACCCCUACCCCUGCCCCUUCCAACACAACCGACUUCCUCGACUCCCUCCUCCCAACUUUGUUAAGCAUGGACACGGACGGGCGAGUCAUCAGAAUGGACUCCUUCUCCAAAGUCCUAGUCCCCGGCUCAAGACUAGGCUGGCUCACCGCCUCAGACCAACUCGUCGAGCGCUUCCUCCGACACGCCGAAGUCGCCAACCAGGGACCCAGCGGGUUCUCUCAGGUCAUUUUACAUAAACUACUCGACGAGACGUGGGGUCACGAGGGGUAUCUAAAGUGGUUGAUGGUGCUGCAGAGAGAGUACACCGAAAGAAGGAACACGCUCCUCAAGGCGUGCGAGGAGUAUCUACCCAAAGAGGUGGUGAGUUGGGGUGUUGUGAGGGCGGGCAUGUUUCAAUGGCUCCACCUAGACCACACCCUCCACCCGGACUCGAGAACAAAAUCUAUUCUCGAGAUUGAAGAAGACAUUUUCGAGUCUUGUAUCGACAAGGGAGUGCUCAUCGCAAGGGGGAGUUGGUUUCGUGCCCAGCAGGAAGUGGCGCCGACGGGGCUGUUCUUCAGGGCUACGUUUGCGGCUGCUACGCCGGGGAAUAUGACUGAGGCUAUCAGGCGGUUGGGCGGGGCGGUGAGGGAGAGUUUCAGGCUCUAGUUUUUAUUUAGUCUUUCUCAAGAAAAAAAAGUGUUGGUGAUGGUUCCCCCAAAUAUCCAAGAUGGGUUUUUCUUUUUCUUAACUUGGGUGAAUAUUAAGCCGCCUCAUUGGCUUGUUUAAAGAGCUAUAAUCCGAUCCUCUCUUCAAGAAAAGCCCAUGGGAUGCUUAAAGUCAGUCCACCUUGGUGAAGAAAAACAUCUUAGGUUUUAUGGGAGUUCAUCAUCACCACCUGACUGUCCUGUCUUAGGGCUAUCUAUCCCCAAAAUCAAAUCUACCAAAAACAAUUGCAACCCAGUUCAAUGUCAUGA